AUGAGUUUUAGAAUUGAGGACUCUCCAUAAUUCAAAGGAGAAGACUUAAGUCUCUCAAAAAUAUAUUAAUAGAGAGAAUCCCAUUUUUCUGGAUUCUCUUAUCCAAGUAGUGUAAGACAUUAGAAAAAGUUUAAUUUUCAAGCCUCAGUAGAAACAAAGGCUCAAACCCUAAAUUAAACUAACAUAGAGAAUGCUUCAAAUGAAUUAAGCUAUGAAAUAGAGAAAUUGAUUAAAGAAAGAGAAUAAUUAUUUACAUAAGUGCAAUAUUUUAAUCCAAAAAUUACUUUUAACGUUUGGGAAUCACCAUAAAGAAUAAGAAUUUAAAGAAAUAGUGCUCCAAUAGCAAAUAAUAGAUUAUAUUAUAUAAAUUAACAGAUCAUAGAUGCUGAACACACCUACAAUAAAUUCAGCUAUUAAUUAAUUUGA